GCUAUCUAAUUACCGCAAGCGAAAACAAGUAUAAAUUGUAGUUCUACAAUCAACUAGAAACGACUAUAAUUCAAAGAGUUGUGAGAUAUUCUUUACUGAUAUCUAGGUACCUGGUGAAAAAUAUGAAUUUAUUUCUGAUUACGUGCGUUUUCGCUGUGGCUUUGACUCCUGCUAUGGGUGGCAUUGCAAGCAGUUCACUAUUACUUUCUGACUCUGACAUAUUGGCCGAAGAUCCAAAAAAGCUAUUACCAAAUUUGGAUACAUUAAGUGGAGGAGAAAAAGUGUUCAUGCUGAACAAUAAGGGUUUUCCUCAAGCACAGGCCUAUGCAGGAGCACGUAGAGUUAUUAAGGGCUCACUUUGGCUGGAAAAAUGCUGUGGAAUGAAAGGCUCCGACUAUUCAAAAUCAGUGAGAUCAAUUGCAGACAAUUUUGCUGCUCAUCAGGAACAAUUUGCUUUGUAUGAUAUUCUUGGACCAUUGAAUGAUGUGUUUAAGGGAUUUGUUUUAGGACAUAAAAUAGCACCCGAUUAUGUAUAUUCCAAUUCACAAUAUAAAGCUGCUGUAAAAUUGUUUGACACAGCAGCAGUCCAACUCAAAGCCGAACAUGACAAAAUGUCAACUCUUCUCGAUACAAAACGAGUGAUUGAAAAAGUUUGCGUUGAUCUCCACACGAAUAUGUGCUAUUUGAAGGGAUAUACGCUUAAACCUCCAAUGGCUGCAUCGGCUGCCUAGACCAAUUGUGUUCAGUUGUUAUUUGAAGAGAUGAUAAAAUAUUAGGACGAAUAGAUCUUUUAUAAAGGAUUUUAUUUCGUUGUACAUUUUUGUUGGCAACUUGUUUUUUUUGUUCACACACAAUUUAGGUUGUAAUUAAAUGCAUAUUCACAUGUAAAUUAAAAAGGAAUGUAGAUUAUUUGAAUUGGAAAA